UAAAGUGAAAGUGAAAGCAGUUCCAGAUCACAUCGAGAAGAAACCCUUAUUUUCACAUUAAUUUCUGAAAUGAACUGCAGGAUUUUCACCGACUCUGAAAUAUAAACACAGACAAUUCUCACUCCCUGAAAAGAGGCGAGUAAAAUAAAGGUUCAAAACACAGGAGGAAGAAAAUGGCUGAAUCUUCAUCACCAGCAAAAGACAGAAGAAGGAGCAGCAUGGAUAAACCACCUUUCUUUUCUGGUGACUCCAGCAGUCUCCUGUCUGAAGAGCAGCUGCUGUGUUCGAUCUGUCUGGAUGUGUUCACCGAUCCAGUCACCACUCCAUGUGGACACAACUUCUGUAAGAGCUGCCUUACACAGUGCUGGGAGAAGAGUCAACACUGUCACUGUCCAUUAUGUAAAGAGAAAUUCACCAAGAAACCUGAACUGAAGAUUAAUACAACACUGAGAGAGGUUGCAGAUCUCUUCAAGAAGAAACGGGGUCCUGAAAAACCUGAGGUUCUUUGUGAUGCCUGCACUGGAGAGAAGCUGAAGGCCCUGAAAUCCUGUCUGGAUUGUCGUGCAACUUUCUGUAAAACUCAUUUCGAGCCUCAUAAUCAUGUUUCAAGCUUUAAGAAACACAAACUAAUAAACCCUGUGGAGAACCUGGAGGACUACAUAUGCCAGAAACAUGAGCGACCGCUGGAGCUGUUCUGUAGAGAUGAUCAGACGUGUGUGUGUCAGUUCUGCACUGAAGGAGACCACAAGAAUCACAACACUGUUCCUAUAGAGGAGGAGAGCGGAGAGAGGAAGACUCAGCUGGGGAAAACACAGACAGAUGUGCAGCAGAUGAUUCAGGACCGACUGAAGAAGAUCCAAGAGAUCAAACACUCAGUCGAGCUCAGCAAAAGAAGCACAGAGAAAGAGAAAGCAGACAGUGUUGAAGUCUUCACUGCUCUGAUUCGCUCCAUUGAGAGAAGUCAGGCUGAGCUGCUCGAGGCGAUGGAGGAGAAGCAGAAAGCAGCAGAGAGGCAGGCUGAAGGACUCAUUAAAGAGCUGGAGCAGGAAAUCACUGUGCUAAAGAGGAGAGACACUGAGCUGGAGCAGCUCUCACACACUGAGGAGCAUCUCCACCUCCUACAGAUUUACUCCUCCAUGUGCAGCCCUCCACACACCAAGAACUGGACUGAGAUCAGUAUUAACACUGAUCUGAGUGGGGAAACUGUGAGGACAGCUCUGUCUCAGCUUCAGCAGACUCUGAAUGAGAAACUCACUAAAACACUCAAUGACAAGUUAAAGGAAGCAGUUUCCACAGAACUGAAGAGGAUUCAGCAGUAUGCAGUGGAUGUGACUCUGGAUCCAGAUACAGCUCAUCCCAGACUCAUCCUGUCUGCUGAUGGAAAACAAGUGACACAUGGAGACAAACGACAGAAUCUCCCUGAUACACCACAGAGGUUUGAUCCGUGUGUUAUGGUUCUGGGAAAGCAGAGUUUCUCCUCAGGGAGAUUUUAUUAUGAGGUGCAGGUCAGAGGGAAAACUAAGUGGGAUUUCGGAGUUGCGAGAGAGAACAUUAACAGGAAGGGGGAGAUUAUACUGAAACCUCAGAAUGGAUUCUGGACUGUGGCACUGAGGAAUGAGAAUCAGUAUCAGGCUUUUGCUGGUCCCCCUGUCCCCCUCACACUGAGAGAGAAGCUGGAGACGGUGGGGGUGUUUGUGGAUUAUGAGGAGGGUCUGGUCUCCUUUUAUGAUGUGAAGUCCAGAUCUCAUAUCUACUCUUUCACUGGUCAGUCUUUCACUGAGAAACUCUAUCCAUACUUCAGUCCUUAUUUAAAUGAAGGAGGUAAAAAUUCAGCCCCACUGAUCAUCUCUCCUGUACUAAACACUGAAUGAAUUUUCAACUCACAAAUGUAAUCAUCUAUUAAAUGGUGAGAAUAAACAGAAAUAUUUUACUUUUUCUGGUUAAUUUUAGUAAUACAUAUUCCCCUUUAAAAUGCUGUACAGUUUAUUUUAAUACCUGGUGUUGACAUAUGUAAUGUGAAUGUGUAUGACUGACAGAUGUAUUCUGUACAAAUGUUUUGGUUCCACUCCACAAGGGGGAGCUAUCGAUUUUUCAAUAAGAGGUCAAGUGUAUUGGUGACGUCACUCCCAAUAUAAAAGACGGUUCCCUCUUGUGAUCAUUCUCUUCUCUUCUCUUGAACUCUUGGCUCUGUGCCUGAUCUAGAGGACAUGCCAGAAAGAGCAAUGUUUAGUUUGCCAAUUUAAUAAAUAUGCCUCAACGGCUGAAGAUGGACACUCAACUCGCCUAUUUUUCUAACUUGCACUAUUGAUUCCUGCUGUGUGUUGGUAUACUCUGCCAACAGGUUAUGGGCCCAGUAACGACGAAAUAGUUGCAACAGAAGGAAGUCCGGCGUCGAGCACGUUAGCUAGUAAGCUAAAAGUGUGGUAGCUAGUUAAGCGCGGUGAAACCGGGGAAGCUCAACUAAGCAAAGAAGAUGGCAACAACAAGACAAAGUGGCCAACGUUCGACGGCAGAGCCGAGGAAUAUGAACUCUGGGAGGAACGGAUGCUGUGUUGCAUGCACCGUGUCGGAUUAAAAGAGAUUAUUCUGAACGAGCCAGGUGGACCACUGACUGUGGAGGAACAGGCCGAGUACGACAGGCUAAAUGCUGAUGCAUACUGCGCGUUAGCUCCACUGCUGGACAACGUGAGUUUGGGGCUAAUAUUUCGAGAGACUAAAAACAAGGGACGCGAGAGUCUGGAAGUGCUGAGAGAGCACUACACACAUGCAAACUCCUCACCUUUCGGCGAAAUUCGCCGUUUUGGUCCCAAAAUAGGCCACUUGUGUGAAUCGUGUAGAUCCGAAGAGUUUUUUUUUUGGGGGGGGGGUAGGCAGGCUACAACGCUAUUGUUGCCAAACAUUUCACUUACAAGGUUACAGCCAAUCAAGAUAAACAGUUACUAACACGCUUCUUUUCCAUUGGAGUUCUGAUCAGCUGGUGCGCAAUUGUGCGCACAGAUUCAGACCGCAAAGUCACCUUUUUAUAGAGAGAUCUGGCAACCUCAUCUCGCGACUGGAUCUGAACAUACCAAUGGAACAGUUUCCAGCGCGCUCGGGGGUGAAUAACCAUGGGCGGAUCUACCGGGGUGGCAUAGGGUGGCAAAUGCCACUCUAAAAGAAAGCCUUGCCACCCCAGUUGGCAGCGACGAAUUCAAAGAAAAAUUACGGCCAAUUUGACAUUUACGUGCACGAAUUUCCAAUGUCCGACUGCGGCGAAUGCAGCACGAGAUAACGCCAGAGAUUGGUUGUUUUGGAAAAUUGAGAGGCGCGAAGCGAGGGAGCCAGGAGUCGCGAGGAAAGGAGACACGGGAGGAAAGGGGUAAAAGCUGAUUAACUAUCUAUCAAAAAAUGAAAUUAUAAUGAAUGAACAGUGCUAGCAUAGUUGCGAUGCUGAUUUUGAGAGGAUAAAAAUCAGGUUGGAGAAGGUUAUUUAGCUAACUAUACAUGUAAGGCAAAAAAAAAGUGUUUCCCGUAACCCGACCGAUCGAGAAUUUCCGCGUCGAAAUUGCCGACCGUAAAGUUUUUAUUACAAAUUUUCCCUCGAUAUUUUAGUGUAAGCGGCGUUAGUUUGUCAUAAUUUUUUGUUUCAACGCAUUCAAGUUGUGAAAGAAACGAUAAAAAGCAAAAUGUUUCGCCACUUCUAUUAGCCCUCCUGCAUAAACAUGGAAGCGCACUUUUAUACUGAAGGAGGAAGGGGAAACUGAGCCGAGGCGCCAUUUUGAAUCCUCAUUCAAGGCUGUAAUGCAAAUUGCUUCCUCUUCAGUAUACAAGUGCACUUCCAUGGCAGGAAAAACACUAUGUUUUGCCGCCUAUGUAGUCCCCUAUUUAUACAAAUAGGAGUCAUUCAGGAUUCAGCCAUGUUUUUGCUCGGUGUUUUUGCUCGAUCCAAGUUCUACAGUAGGCUAGGCGAGGCCGUCUGCUUUUAAUGGAAGUAGCCUAGCCUAGGACGUUAAACCAUAUUUUCACGUUAUUUCUUGAUGAGGUGUUUUCACAUUAUUACAUGAAAAUAUCAUGAAAAACGUAAUAAUUUUGUAUCAUGAAAUUACAUUUUGUUAUAUUACAUGAUAGAUGUAUUGUAAAAACGUGAUAACUUUUAAAAUCAAUACUACGUUAAAACAUUAGCUGAAAUUUUAGUUCUAACAGCCACAGAAAACCUAUAACAGCGGGGUCACAGGGAGUCUCUUGACUCUGGAAAAAGGUGUUUUUCUUUCUAUAUUAGACUUGCUGGGUAAUCAUGUUGUUUUUUAGUGUCUGUUCUUUUGCAUAUACAGUAUAAAACUGUCCAGAAACGGUAUAGACCUCAUCUGAGAAUGUGUGUUCUUCGUGAACAAUAAAGGCAUGAGAUUAAGUUUGUCUGUAUGAGUUUGUAAAUGGCAGUCUGUGCCCUUUUGUAGUGUGUACAUACUAUUUGUCAUCAAACUGUGAUAACUGUGAUUAAAUUCAGUAUAUAUACACGUCUGUAAUACGUUGCCACCCCUCAAAAAUUCCUGCCCCCCUCUUACCACCCCAUAAAUAUUUUUCUAUAUCCGCCCCUGAUUUCACAUAGGUGAUGUCUUUAAAAAAUUUGACAGACAGGGAUUGGCCAGGUGUGUCCUCUGGGGUAGGUCUGUUAGAUAGCACAGGCAGCAAUAUAUACCUUUUUGUAAAUAGCCCACUGUGUUGUACACAGGGGUGAAAAUUAACUUCACAAAAUAUCAAACUUUACCGGCCACUGACAAAUAAAUGGUACAAUUUACCG